ACGGUGUCACACCCUGAAAUAAGAAGGGGUGUCUCCAAAUUGCGGCAUCUCGGAAACCAAAACCAACCAAACAGCCGAGGCGGGAAACAAGAAAGACAGUCGUCGAAGAAAAUUAUAUCCAAGUCUAACGGCUCUCUAAUGGCGGCCAAAGAAGAAAUCCAAACAAGAGACGAUCCGGUUGCAGCAACAGCUGAAGAAGACGAUGAGCACGAUUCCAAGGAGAGAGUUCUCCAGAGGUACUUUCUCCAAGAGUGGAAGCUACUCAAGUCUCUCCUAGACGACAUCGUCGCCAAUGGCCGUGUCUCCGAUCCCUCUGCUGUAAACAAGAUCCGCACCAUCCUAGAUAAGUACCAAGAACAGGGUCAACUUUUAGAGCCUUACUUAGAGACCAUUAUUUCUCCACUGAUGUUUAUAGUCCGCUCAAAAACUGUUGCAUUGGGGGUUGUCACAGAUGAAAUUCUUGAGAUAAUCAAGCCUUUGUGCAUUAUUAUUUAUUCCCUUGUUACUGUAUGUGGAUACAAGUCUGUCAUCAAGUUUUUCCCACAUCAGGUCUCUGAAUUAGAACUUGCUGUCUCUCUUUUGGAGAAGUGCCAUCAUGCAACUGUAGUGACAUCAUUGCGGCAAGAAAGUACUGGGGAAAUGGAGACAAAAUGUGUCAUACUUCUAUGGCUCUCAAUACUUGUUUUGGUUCCUUUUGAUAUCUCUUCAGUGGAUACUAGUAUUGCAAGCAGUGGCCUUGUGGGUGGACUUGAACCCUCUCCUUUGGUGCUGAAAAUACUAGGGUUCUCUAAAGAUUACCUUUCAAGUGCUGGCCCAAUGCGUGCCAUAGCUGGGUUACUGCUCUCGAGGCUUCUAACGCGACCAGACAUGCCUAAAGCCUUUUCAAGUUUCAUUGAAUGGACACAUGAAAUUUUAUCUUCUGCAACAAACGAUGUCAUGGAUCACUUUCGGUUACUUGGUGUUGUGGAAGCACUAGCAGCCAUUUUCAAGGUUGGUAGUCGUAAAGUUUUGCUUGAUCUAGUUCCUGUUGUUUGGAAUGACACCUCAAUCUUGGUUAAGUCCAAUACUGCAGUUCGGAGUCCUCUUCUACGCAAGUUUUUGGUGAAGUUAACUCAGCGAACUGGGCUUGUUUGCCUUCCUCCUCGAUCCCCAUCAUGGCAAUAUGUGGGGAAAAGCAGUUCAUUAGGGGAGAAUGUAACUGACAAACAUGAUGUAUGCAAUAAUGAACGGAAUGCAGAUUCCUUUUAUUCAAAAGAAAGUGCAUGUUCUGUGCAAGAAGGUGAUAUGGAUGUUCCAGAAAUCAUAGAGGAGAUUAUUGAGUUGCUAUUGUCAGGAUUGAGAGAUACGGAUACUGUUGUCCGCUGGUCUGCAGCAAAAGGUAUUGGACGUAUAACUGCACGUUUAACAUCUACCCUUUCAGAUGAAGUGCUGUCAUCUGUAUUGGAACUUUUCUCACCUGGCGAGGGAGAUGGUUCAUGGCAUGGAGGUUGCUUAGCCCUUGCUGAGCUGGCUCGCAGAGGAUUACUCUUACCUAUUAGUCUUCCUAAAGUUGUUCCUGUUAUCAUCAAGGCACUACAUUAUGAUAUUCGAAGGGGUCCACAUAGUGUUGGAUCCCAUGUGCGUGAUGCUGCUGCCUAUGUUUGUUGGGCAUUUGGUCGUUCAUACUUCCACUCAGAUAUGAAAAACAUUUUGGAACAACUUGCUCCGCACCUAUUAACAGUAGCCUGUUAUGACCGUGAGGUUAAUUGCAGGAGAGCUGCUGCAGCCGCUUUUCAGGAGAAUGUUGGAAGACAGGGGAGUUUUCCACAUGGCAUUGAAAUAGUUAAUACAGCGGAUUAUUUCUCACUCUCCUCACGAGUAAACUCAUACCUUAAUGUUGCUGUAAACAUUGUGCAGUAUAAGGAGUAUCUUCAUCCUUUUGUUGAAGAGCUUCUAUGUAGUAAGAUUUGUCACUGGGAUAAAGGCUUGAGAGAACUUGCUGCAGAGGCGCUUUCUGCUCUUGUGAAGUAUGAUACUGGAUAUUUUGCAUCAUUUGUUCUGGAACGUUUGAUUCCCUGUACUCUCUCAACUGAUUUGUGCAUGCGUCAUGGUGCAACCUUAGCUGUUGGGGAACUUGUUUUGGCUCUACAUCAAUGUGAUCAUUUGCUUUCCACUGAUAAGCAGAAAUCUGUUGCUGGUAUUGUUCCUGCAAUUGAGAAAGCGCGUCUUUAUCGUGGAAAGGGUGGAGAAAUAAUGCGCUCUGCUGUUUCUCGUUUCAUUGAGUGUAUAUCUCUCAGUCAUAUAUCCUUACCACAAAGAAUCAAGCAAAGUUUGCUUGGUACCCUUAACGAGAAUCUGAGACAUCCCAAUGCUCAGAUCCAGAAUUCUGCUGUUGAAGCCCUAAAACACUUUGUCCCAGCAUACCUUGUCAUGGUAGAUGAUGGGAAUGCUGAUAGUAUAACAUCCAAGUAUCUGGAUCUCUUGUCAGAUCCUAAUGUUGCAGCAAGGCGUGGAUCAGCAUUGGCAUUAGGUGUCCUGCCUUUCAAGUUUCUGGCUGCAAAGUGGACGGUUGUGAUAUCAAAUCUUUGUAGAUCUUGUGCAAUUGAGGAUAAUCCUGAUGAUAGAAAUGCUGAAGCCCGUGUAAAUGCAGUUCGAGGGCUUGUAUCUGUUUGUGAAACAUUAAGUUCUACCAGGAAACAUUCUCAAUUCCUUUCUGUUGAUGAUGACAUGUCUCUUUGUCUUAUGAUAAAAAGGGAAGUUAUGCAGACAUUAUUUAAAGCACUUGAUGACUACUCUGUAGAUAACAGAGGUGACGUGGGUUCUUGGGUCCGAGAAGCUGCCAUGGAUAGCCUUGAAAGAUGUACAUAUAUCCUUUGUGAAAGAGAAUCUGAGGGCUUCCCGAGGAAGACAACAGGGAUCGAAUAUAAAGAACAUCCAGAUAAUGACAUUGCUGAAAGGGAUCAGGGACACACACUUUUUGAUGUAAGUCUUGCAACCAGCUUAGUUGGAGGGUUUGUAAAGCAAGCUGUUGAGAAGAUUGAUAAAAUAAGAGACAUUGCAGCAACUAUUCUUGGGAGGAUUUUGCACAACGAAAGAAUUUUUGUUCCGUGCAUACCUUAUCGGGAAAAGCUGGAAGAAAUUGUUCCCAAUCAUCCAGACUUAAAGUGGGGAGUACCAACUUUCUCUUACCCACGCUUAGUUCAGUUGCUUCAAUUUAGUUGUUACAGCAGAUUUCUGAUUUCUGGGUUAGUUAUCUCUAUUGGGGGAUUGCAAGAUUCCCUGCGGAAGGCAUCAAUCACAGCUUUAUUAAUGUAUCUUCAAGAUACUCUAGCUGACAAACAUGAAGGAUGCUUGAGAGAGCAUAUGUUAGGUGAUGAUCUCCUUUGGGUCCUCCAACAGUAUAGAAGAUGUGACAGGGUCAUUAUACCCACACUGAAGACCAUUGAGAUUCUUUUCAGCAAAAAGAUCCUCCUGAACAUGGAGGCUAAGACUCUGGAUUUUUGUGUUGGUGUUUUGGACUCCUUGGCUAUUGAAUUGAAGGGAUCAAGGGACUUCUCCAAGUUAUAUGCAGGCAUUUCUAUUCUUGGUUAUGUUGCUUCUGUUUCAGAUCCCAUCAAUAUUCAGGCUUUUUCUCAGCUUCUUACUUUUCUUGGUCAUCGAUAUCCAAAGAUACGGAAAGCAUCCGCUGAUCAGGUCUAUCUUGCCUUGUUGCAAAACGAGAAUCUCGUGGCAGCAGGGGACAAAAGGGAGAAGGCACUUGAGAUCAUUUCUGAAACUUGUUGGGAAGGUGACAUAGAGGAAGCAAAACACCAAAGGUUACAACUGUAUGAGAUGGCUGGUAUGGAAGCCAGUAAACUUUUGAAGACCAACAGAGAAGCAAACAAGGAUAAUAAGAAAUCCGUAGCUGAUGAGAAUGCAUCAUAUUCGUCACUAGUUGGUUCAUCUGGGUUCUGACUAUAGAGAUUAGCUGCUUCGCCAUAUUUGUUCCAUAAAUUUGAAUGGUAAAUGGAGCUCUCUGAAGCUUUGUGCUUGUAUGGGUGUGGCAACAAAAGAUGUGUGAUUCUUGAAUGCGUCAGUAGUGUACAAUCAGAUGGAUCUGCAGGGUCUUAUCUGCGUUUUCAGUUGUAGAAAUUGCUUGUAAAUUAAUUAAGAAGGUAAAAAUAUAGGCAGGGUAAAAGUAGGUCAUAUACCCACUUCCAGGAAGAAUCAACAUGCCAUUGGACGUAAUAGAAUUCCUUCAGCUGAGUCAUGGCGUGCAGUCAUUUUUUCUAUUUAGCUGCUCACCACCCUGCAAUACUCGAGGAGGGAUCCAGCACCAUUGGAAGAAUAGUGCACAUUGCAUUUGCAUGGCGUCUUUGCCUCCGUUGCCGUCCUUGAAUACAUGGAAUGUUAUCAAUGGCAAGCCGCGGGGUUGCAAUAUCAUGCAUCCCCCGGUAGGUGCAUGAUAUCUAAGAGAAAUUCUUGAGGAUCUUUUUAUUACAUUUGUAUGGUAUUUGUUGUAAAAAUCUAAUCAAGGGAAUGGAACUUAUCGUUUUCUCUUUCCGAACCAGAGUGCAACUGUGUUCGUAGAAGUGGUGCUGAGAAACUGAGAAAUGCUGUCAGAAGGUUGAGUUUGUGCCAUUGGUCAUUCUCCUCAAAACCACAUUUGUCCCCUAUGGUGAAUGGUGCAGUGAGGUGAAUGCAAAUCGAUUUUCAAGAUGAAACAGUCCAUAUGUUUGUU